CCCAUAAAUACACACACACAGCACUACAACAGUAUCAGCUAUCAACACUUAUCUACCCUCUCCACCGACGGUGCUGAUUAUCGGCGAUCUGACGCCGAUAUCGCCGGAAAAUAUGUCGUCCGGCAGGUACAUGGCGUACUCACCAUCGGCUCCUCACUCGCCGCACAUCGGUGCUCUUCGCUCCGCCGCUUCUGCUAUCGUCGAGCAGGAAAAGUAUCUGUCCGAGCUAAUUCACGAACGUCAGAAACUUAGUCCAUUUAUGCCAGUUCUACCAAAUUGCUAUCGUCUGCUGAACCAGGAAAUAUUGCGUGUAACCACACUGUUGGGGAAUGCUUCAGUUUUAGAACAAAGUGGGAUUGAACUUGCCAGCCCCCUGGCUUCAGGAGGAAUGUAUUCGAAUGGAGGAGCCAAUGUGAACAGAUGGACAUCACCAUUUCCAUCAGAAAUAUCAGGUCUACAACCGUCACCUUCACAGAGCUGGCUUGGUUCUCAAGGUAGUUCAUCUGGUCUUAUAGUGAAGAGAACGAUCAGGGUAGAUAUUCCUGUGGACCACUAUCCUAAUUUCAACUUUGUUGGGCGCCUCCUUGGGCCGAGAGGGAACUCUCUUAAGCGCGUGGAAGCAAGUACGGACUGCCGUGUUUUGAUCAGGGGACGUGGCAGCAUCAAGGAUCCAGUCAAGGAGGAGAUGAUGAGAGGGAAACCUGGGUACGAGCACCUGAAUGAACCUCUCCACAUACUAGUUGAGGCAGAAUUACCAGUUGAAAUAAUUGAUGCUCGUCUUAUGCAAGCACGUGAGAUCCUUGAAGAUCUGCUCAAGCCUGUGGAUGAAUCACAGGAUUUCUAUAAGAAACAGCAGCUACGGGAGCUGGCACUGAUCAAUGGUACACUUCGUGAUGAAGGUUCUCAAAUGUCUGGUUCUGUAUCUCCCUUCAAUAGCAGCCUAGGGAUGAAGAGGGCAAAGACUAGGGGGUGAUGACUAAUCUUUAUUAUUGGGCUUUUGGAGCUUGUAUUGUCUCUGCCAUUAUCAGCAGUCUCCAUGCUAAAGGAGUUGCUGUGCUGUAUAGGCCAGUUCCUCCAACUGCCAUCGGGGCACUGGUACCUUCAUGUGUCAGUUCUAACUCGUUUCUAUAUGAUAUGAAGUGUGUUUAUCAUCUAUUUUGGGGAGGUUUACAUUAUACAUAUUAAAGGACCAGAGUCUGAGAGAUUUCUUGAAUAUCACUAGCAGUUUGGUUGUGUAAUGGUUUUCUUGAAGGCUGCUAUGUAUUAUUGGAUUUAUUCUAUACUUUUGAUGGGAGUUUUGAUAGGGUGGGAGCUCGUGAGCAUAAGGUAUUUGAUUUAUACAACGUGUGAUGAACAGUAAUCUACCCUGUAACAUGUCAUUUGGGUCGGAUUGUUUUGUAUUAUAUUAUAUUCCAUAAUGUAGUUCUGCUCCACUUGAA